AUGGCUACGUUAGAUGACAAGCUCUUGGGCGAAAAGCUCCAUUAUUAUUGUUCAAGUAGUGAGGACGAGGGCGACGAGGAAUCCCCUAGUGGAGCCGGAGGCAGCUCGGGGCCCUCGAAAUUUAUUCCCGAAGGUGAACUUUCUCAAUGGGACGGCCAAUCUGCUAACACCGGUCCCAAAGGCGUCAUCAAGGAUUGGCAAAGAUACAAGCAAUUGGAACGAGAAAACCGGGAUGAGCAGCAAGCUGAAAUGAUGACCUUGGCCCAAAAACUCUCGUUGACUUGCCGCACAGAUGCCGAAGAUCAGAAAGCGCAGGCUCAAGAGGAAGCCAUAGACGAAGACCUCGAGGCCUUGCUGGAUGACGAAUUUCUUCAAGAAUACAUGGAAAAACGCAUGCGCCAAAUGAUGGACCAAGCCACUGCCCGCAGAAAAGUAUUCGGUUGUUUAAGAGACUUGACCGAUGGCGAGGACUUUUUAAAUGCCAUCGACAAAGAAGAAAAGCAUGUGAUCGUGGUGGUCUGUAUUUAUGAGAAAGAGUCACCAGGUUGUCAAGCCAUGAUCGGCUGUCUUGAGGCCUUAUCAAAAGACCAUCCGAACGUAAAGUUUUGCAAGAUUUUAGCGUCCUCGGCUGGGCUUUCUAAACACUUUAAAGUGAGUGGAGUGCCAGCUCUUCUGGUUUACCAAGGUGGAGAUCUCAUGACCAAUUUUGUGCGAUUAACUGACACGUUGGGGGAAGAUUUCUUCGUGUCGGAUGUGGAAAGUCUCUUGUUGGAACACGGAGUGCUCAGUCAAGAAGAGCCCGUUCCUGAUAUCAUUAAAAACUCGGCAGCCAACGAUAGUGACGCCGAUUAAGUGAAUGUAAAGUGAUGCGUUGCAUUUCCACAUUUCAAUAAUAAAACCGCAUUUCGCUUUGA